AUGUCAAGCCCAGCGAACAAGCGGGGAGUGCAAGGGGAACUUGAAUGGGAGAUGCCGUUUGCGCGACGCGCUGCCCCAGAUCACGUGGUGUGCAGCGCGAGGCGUCUUGGCGCGGGGGGCUCGUUGGUUUAUCACAAGCCGCCAUCGGCGGGCGACUAUGUAAAGGAGGGCCGCACGAUGUCAAGCCUACUGUCCCCCUCCGAGUCCCUCACCUUCAACACCUUUCUCACCUCCGUCGACCGCACGGCGGGCGUCGAGUUCCAGGAGAUCUCCCCCGAGCUCGCGCAGAAGAUCCAGAUAAAGACGGGCAAGGAUGCGCUCGCCAAAGCCACGAUGGAGCUCCUCGCGAAGGGCGGGCCCGUGAUCGGCGCACCGAGCAGCAAGGCGGGCUCCAAGGGUAGAUCGGGCACGGGGAAUUUGGGCUCGAGCGGUCUUAGUCCUGGCACGGCGGGGCCAAACAACAGGCAUGAGUCAGCGUCGCGCGGAUCCUCGCGGUCGCACACCUCCACAGACACCUCGUCCUCUCAGCGACACGGUGAACUUCAUCAUUCGAGCGGUCGGUCUCAUACAGAUGCCCCGUCCACGCGAACACGAUCCUCGUCCUCCUACACCUUGCCUCCUCUGGCCGACCACCUCAACAGCCUCUCCCAGACCACUGACGCCGGCGUGCCGACACGCGGGCUCUUGUCCCAUUCGACGUCUGCUCCCGCCACGACCACGUCUAAACGCUUAUCCUCGCCUGACCUGGACGAGCGCGCAGGCGCUUCCAAGCGCUCACGACAGUCGCCCCCGGGUAGCGGUGCCACCAAGACGCGCCGCCAGACGUCUUCUGGCGCUGCGGACGCAUUCGCCGGCACAGGCGCCGGGGCGGGCAAGAUUCCCGCCCCCAAGCCGGCGCUGCUGUCGGCGACGCAGAAGCGGCAGAACCACAUACAGAGCGAGCAGAAGCGCCGUGCGAACAUCCGGCGUGGAUAUGAGGCGCUGUGCAACGCGGUCCCGGAUCUGCGCACAGCGAUUGCUGCGGAGGACGGCGGCGGGGGCUCCGCAGCGGACGCAGAUAGCGCGGGCAAGGGCAAGCGGCGGCGGAAGAAGAGCGAGGAGAGCAGCCUGGAUGGACGUGCGGGGCCAAGGAGCGAGAACGUGGUGUUGACGAAGACAAUUGAAUAUAUCAGGGCUCUUCUCACUGAGCGUCAGGGCUACCUCGCGCGGCUUGAGAUCGCACGCCAGAGUCUAGCGCCUGGUCACCAUACCCUAACAGUGCAGCCCGAAUACCUGGAUGCACUCGGUGUACCGCUGUGGGACCGCGAGUGGAAUGGGGGCACAGGCGUCAUGGAAGGCGGGGACGAUGACGACGAGGGGGCGGAUGAUGAUGGCGGAAGUGACGACGACGGGUAG